UUUAAUUGGAGUUGGCCUCAGUCAGUCGCCUCUCAUCUCCCUCCUCCGUACAGCGGUGGAGAGACUGAUGCUUUUCAGCGCGGCUGGAUGGUGCAUGUGUGUACUUGUCAUAGUAGAGUAGCCAGGCUGUUUGGUUGGGGCUCUAAAUUGACUAUCUCUUCUCCGGCUGUGGCCUUUCCUGUAGUUAAACAUAUGUUCACCGAUCGUGUCCAUCUGUAGCUCAAGAGUAAUGUUCUUUGUACACCAGCUGUAGCCUGGACCCGGCAAACCUGCAGCAAGAUGAGCUCGGAGGAGCGCGGCUCAGCCAUGUCACAGAAGAUCUCCUCCCUGUCGCGCAGCAACAGCAGCUCUUCAUCCAAACAUGACAGCCGACAGGACAGCUGGGAAAUCGUGGAAGGCCUGCGAGGAAGCUUCAGCAGUGUCCAGGAGCCUCAGAAACAGGAGGGCUACAUGAUGAAAAGAAGAAAGUGGCCAAUGAAGGGCUGGCACAAGAGAUACUUUUUCCUGGACAAGGGUAUCCUUAAGUAUGGCAAGUGCAGUGCUGAUAUUGAGAAAGGGAAGCUGCAUGGUUGCAUUGAUGUGGGUCUCUCUGUCAUGGCCAUUAAGAAGAAGGCCAAGUGCAUCGAUCUUGAUGCCGAGGAAAACAUCUAUCACCUGAAGAUUAAGUCUCAGGAGCUGUUUGAUGAAUGGGUAUCCAAGCUGCGUCACCAUCGUCUUUAUCGGCAAAAUGAGAUUGCCAUGUACCCUAACGAGAAGUCCUUGUUCUAUCCCCAUUAUGCCUCCCCGAACUCUCCUGGCAUCGCCGAGGGACCCCCUAUUAGAAAGUGCCUGUCCAUACGAAGGCAGUCCACAGUGCAUCAUGCCGCAGCUUUCCCUUUAAACUCCAACAGCCAAGCAAAGGUGGCUGCCUGGCUCCAGUCAUCUGACGAAAUGGACAAAUGCUUCAAAGACUUAUCAGUAUGUGAGGCCUAUCUCCUAGAGCUUAACCACCUGCUUCAGAGUAUGGAAGUAAUUCACCGGACUUAUUCUGCUCCAUCCAUCCAAGCACUGCAGGCGUCUACUUUUGACAGCCCCAAAAAAGAAAAGAGACUUCCAAAGAAGUGGCGCACUAAAAACUACAACAAAGAUGUCAAAACAACUCUGCAGGUACCGAGCUGCAUCUCCUCUGGCUCUAUCCGCCUCCAUGCCUCAAACCCCAACCUAUCCACUGCUGCACUGAGCAAUGAUAAAGCCGAUCCUGAAUCCCUGGACUCCCCUUUUGAUGUGGCCAAGCUGCAAGAAGACUUCUGUCGUGUUGCCACCAACUUGCAUACAACCAUGAAGGCGGCCCUGAGCACACUGACAUCAGAGAGAGAGAGAUUAAAACAAUGCCUGGAUCACGAAACCUGCCCCCCCACCUCUCCACAAGUUGUAAAUUUGAAGAACACGCUGGCUGCGGCUUUAGCCCAGAACUCAGAGCUGAGAGAACGCCUGUGCAAGAUUCAUGCUGAGUCCCAGAUCAUAGAGCCCACACUAAUAACGCUCACUGCCCCUGUGCAGAAACAGGAAUCAGUAGAUGAAGCCCAUCCCCUCGUACACCAAGUAUCCAAUGAGAGCAGAGCUUCAAUCGCGGAGUCUUUGUCCGAGUUCUUUGACGCACAGGAGGUUCUGUUAUCUGCUAGCUCUUCUGAAAAUGAGGUAUCAGAGGAUGACUCAUAUAUCAGUGACAUUAGUGACAACAUUUCCAUGGACAACUUCAGUAAUGAGACCGAAAGUGAAAGACCAAACUCGGGCUCUGUGGAAGAAGGCACUGUUCUUUAUCGUCGUAGAUCCUGUCUGCCCACACCCAGCCCAAGCAACACCUCCAUCAGCUUGUGGAACAUCCUUAGGAACAACAUAGGCAAAGACCUUUCCAAGGUUGCAAUGCCUGUGCAACUUAAUGAACCCCUCAACACCCUGCAGAGACUGUGUGAGGAGCUGGAGUACAGCGAGCUGCUAGACAGGGCCGCCAACACACAGGACCCUUUUGAACGUAUGAUAUACAUCGCUACAUUUGUUGUGUCCGGUUAUGCAUCCAGCUACUACAGAACUGGGGGAAAGCCUUUCAACCCUGUUCUUGGAGAAACAUAUGAAUGUGACCGACCAGAUAAAGGCUUACGAUUUGUUGCAGAGCAGGUCAGCCAUCACCCACCAAUCUCAGCUUGCCAUGCAGAGUCUAAAAACUUUGUGUUUUGGCAAGACGUGAGGUGUAAAAACAAGUUUUGGGGAAAGUCAAUGGAGAUUGUUCCUGUGGGGACCACUCAUGUAACUCUGCCAGGAUUUGGAGACCAUUACGAGUGGAACAAAGUGACCUCUUGCAUCCACAACAUUCUCAGUGGGCAGCGCUGGAUUGAGCACUAUGGGGAGAUCACCAUCAGAAACUCCAGCAGUGAUAUUUGUCAGUGCAAGAUCACUUUUAUUAAGGCCAAAUACUGGAAUUCGAGUGUAAAUGAGAUAGAGGGGACUAUCACAAAUAAUAAAGGAAAGGUUAUCCACCGACUCUUUGGAAAGUGGCACGAAGCGGUUUUCUGUGGAGACCCACCUUCAGCUACAUGCAUCUGGAGAGCAAAUGCAAUGCCAGUAGACCAUGAGCAGUACUAUGGCUUCACGAAGUUUGCAAUUGAGCUGAACGAGUUGGACCCAUCCCUGAAACUGCUGCUACCACCUACAGACACGAGACUACGAGUGGACCAAAGACUGCUGGAGGAGGGGAAGUUAGAGGCUGCAGAGGAGCAUAAGCAGAGGAUUGAACAGCUCCAGAGAGACAGACGGAGAGUCCUGGAAGAGAACAAUGCAACACAUCAGCCUAAAUUUUUCAGGAAGGCACAGGACGAUACCUGGGUGAGCAACAACACGUACUGGGAGCUGAGGAAAGACCCUGGCUUUGCCCAUGUAGAUUUCCCUACACUGUGGUGACCGUGUGCUGCAGAUCAUACAAACAUUUGGACCUGCACAGCCUCUACUGUGAUUUGUGAUCCAGACUGGUUCUGGUGAUGUCUGUAUCUCAUUCUGACCAUCCACAUUCUGUACUGGAGUUCAUCAGAGUUAUUGCCUUAAUAGCAAGUGCUUAUCUGAGUUGUAUAAACACAUUUAUGCAAACAUAUUAUGAGAAUGUUGCUCAAUUUGCAGUAGGCCAAUUUCAUUUUUUUGCCUGCAUUCCACAUAUUAUGUUGUGCUAAACCACUUAAACUAAGAAAAGGAAAGAUCCUUGGUAUGAAGGAUGAGAAGAAGAGUUUCAUAGUUUAUCUACACUAGCUUAAAAUGUACUGAUCAACUGGUUAUGUUGGUUGUUGUCUUACCAUGGACAUUCUCUACCUCUGAGAUAAACUAGCCUCGCUACGCCAUUGAUUCAGUGUAAACAUCCGAUAUUUAUUCUGCAUCUGCCUGAUGCCUUACUGGUUGUACUCAAACUUGUUUAAUUUAUUUUGUUGUACCUGCCAGAUGUUUAAAAAAAUAAAACAAAAGUCUAUGUUUCGUAAGGAAUUCUUGCUAACAAAAUAUUGUGCAAGCGAUCUCCGAAUCCUUACUGAAGUGAUUUUUCUGUCCGUUAUGAGUAUUUACUGCUUUUCGCUAUGAAUGUGUGAAUGAUUGUGCAACUAUGAGCAGCUGUAGCAAACUCAGUCAUAUCUUUUUCACUUUAUUCAGCACACCAUUGUCUAUAUGGACCCUGGGCUUUGGGACCAAAAAAAAAGGGAAAAGAAAUGUCCGAAAACUAUGCUCCAUGAGCUCAAAUAAAAUUUCUGAUUGUUUUCUUUUUUGUUGAGUCUUUUGUGGUUGUUUGUUCAAAAACACUGAAAGCAUAGACAGUUGAAAUAAUUCCCUCUCAUCUCAGAUGAUGAGUUGGCAGGUAGAUAGCCUGAUUAUAAUUUUGGUGCACAAAGGAAAAAUGCAAUUCAUUUUAAACAUGAUGGGUCAGGAAUGCCACACGAAAAUGCCAUUUAGGAAGCUAUGAAAAGCAAUUGGGGUAUAAACACUAGGUUUACUGGGAAUGUGAAGCAGUUUCCUGCUUCUUACUAUACAUAUUCCUUAAGUGAAGUAGCAACUCUUAAAGGACUGGUAAAAGAUCAUCUGCUAAAUUAUAGAAUUUUUUGCUCGUGGCUGCACUUCAUCCCUUUAUAAUGUUCUUGGCUUUAUGGGUUAAAUGUCAGUGCCAUCUAAAUGGAAACCUGUGCAUGAUACUUUCCCAUGAAUAGCCUGCAGUAUACAGUAGAUAUGUGGCUACGUUUCACAACUGUUGAGUGAAUUGUUCCAAUCACUUUAGAAACAGCUGUAUGUGUUUGACGACGGUUCGUGUUUAUGGCUUGUUUUUGCCCGUCCUGCUAAGCAAUGACCAGAGUUCAAGGUUAAUGAGCAAUCAUGGAGCCAUGCAACAAGUAAAGGUUAUCAUUUAUAAAUAAGGAAUGCAGGAAUGUUGUGAAAGUCAUGUUGAUGAAAAGAGUAAGAUACCGCUAGUGAGCCUGUCUGCAUUUUUGACAUCCUACAAUAUGAUAAAUGAGAGGAUUAAUUUGCUGAUGAUUUUUUUUACAAUUAAUGAAGCAAAGACACGAAAAAACAUGUUCAUACUUUGAAAAAAGGGCUCCUUUUGUUUUCUUUCUUUCUUUUUUUUUACUCUAGUAGUAUAGUUUGUUUUGUUUGUUAAUCCACGCUAGCGAACAUGGGCUCAUCAGAUUGCUGGGUGAUCUUAAACAGCCGCUAGGUGGCGACAAAUGCAAAUGAAAGCGGACUACUGAUAAUCUGUUUUUACAAAAAUGCCCCAUAAAAUAUUGUCACUGGUCAAAUAGGACUGAAUAAAUUAUAAUGCAGAGCAGUAGAGACAUCAAUGCAGUGUAAUUAAGAUACUUGUAAAAUAGGUUAUUUCUUUAUUUUAUAUAUAUAGUCCCUACAUAAAU